AUGGUGGGGCUGGGAGCCUGGAGCCUGACCAGAGCUGCUCUGAUCAUCCUGCUGCUCCCCAGAAGCCUGGAGGAGUGCGGGCACAUCAGCCUCUCAGCCCCCAUAGUCCGCCUGGGAGAUGCCAUCACGGCUUCCUGCAUCAUCAACCAGACCUGCAGCCACCUGGGCCCAGAGUCACAGAUUGUAUGGAAAUUGGGAACAGAGCUUCAACAAGGGGGGAGGCAGCAGCGCCUGGCGGAUGGCACCCUGGAAUCUACCAUCACCUUGCCCCACCUCAACGACCCUUGGGUCCUUCUCUCCUGCUGUCUGCGCUGGAGCAACAGCCUGCAGAUCCUGGACCAGGCUGAGCUGCAGGCAGGCUACCCACCCUCCACACCCCACAACCUGUCCUGCCUCAUGAACCUCACAACUGAUAGCCUCACCUGCCAGUGGGAGCCAGGACCUGACACCCACCUGUCUACCAACUUCACCCUAAAAAGCUUCAAGAGCCGGGGCAACUGCCAGAUCCAGGAGGAAGCCAUCCCCGACUGUGUGCCUGAGGACGGAAAAAGCCACUGCUCCAUCCCACGCAAACACCUGCAGCUCUACCAGAGUAUGGGCAUCUGGGUGCAGGUGGAGAAUGUGCUGGGGACCAGUGUGUCCCCACAGCUGUGCCUUGAUCCCAUGGAUGUUGUAAAACUGGAGCCCCCCACACUGUGGGCCCUGGACCCCAGCCCUGAGGCGGCCCCACCCCAGCCAGGCUGCCUACAGUUGGGCUGGGAGUCAUGGAAACCAAGCCUUUACAUAGACCAGAAGUGUGAGCUGCGCCUCCAGCCACAGCUUGGAGAAGCCAGCUGGAUCCUGGUGGACUCCCUGCCCUCCAGGACCCUUCAGCAUGAGCUCUGCGGGCUCCUCCCAUCCACAGCCUACACUCUGCAGAUGCGCUGCACCCGCUGGCCCCUGCCUGGCCACUGGAGUGACUGGAGCCCCAGCCUGGAGCUGACGAGUGCACAGUGGGCCCCCAAUGUCAGACUGGACACGUGGUGGCGGCAGAGGCAGCUGGACCCCAGGACAGUGGACGUGCAGCUGUUCUGGAAGCCAAUGCCCCUGGAGGAAGCCAGUGGGGAGAUCCAAGGGUACCUGGUCUCCUGGAGACCCCCAGGCCAAGCUGGAGCAGUCCCACCCCUCUGCAACACCACGGAACUAAGCUGCACCUUCCAUUUGCCUUUGGAAGUCCGGGAGGUGGUCCUUGUGGCCUACAACACCGCUGGGACCUCUCCUCCCACCCCAGUGGUCUUCUUGGACCGCAGAGGCCCUCCCCUGGGCAGACUCCAUACUGUGGCCCAAGACCCUCACAGCCUCUGGGUGGGCUGGGAAACCCCCAGCCCUCAGCCUCGGGGCUAUGUGAUUGAGUGGGGCCUGGGUCCCCCCAGCCCCAGCAGCAGCAAUAAGACCUGGAAAAUGGAGCACAACGGGAGCAUUGCAGGGACCCUGCUGCAAGAGAACAUCAGGCCCUUUCAGCUCUACGAGAUCACUGUGACCGCCCUGUACCAAGACACCAUGGGGCCCUCCCAGCGCAUCUAUGCCUAUUCCCAAGAAACGGCCCCCUCCUACACCCCAGAGCUGCAUCUAAAGCACAUUGGCAAGACCUGGGCCCAGUUGGAGUGGGCGCCCCCAGCCCCUGAGCUGGGGAGGAGUCCUCUUACCCACUACACCAUCUUCUGGACCAGUGCCCAGGGCCAGUCCUUCUCCACCAUCCUUAACGCUUCCUCCCAUGGCUUUGUCCUACCUGGCCUGGAGCCCGCCAGCUUGUACCACGUCUACCUCACAGCUGCCAGCCAGGCAGGGGCCACCAACAGCACAAGCCUCACCCUGAUGACCUUGGCCCCAGAGGAGUCCGAGCUGCACAUCUUCCUGGGCCUGUUCAGCCUCCUGCUCUUGCUCAUCUGCCUGUGUGGGGCUGCCAGGCUCUGCUGCAGAGCCAGCAGGAAGAAUCCCCUCUGGCCAAGUGUCCCAGACCCAGCCCACAGCAGCCUGGGCUCCUGGGUGCCUAGCAUCACAGCGGAGGAGAUCUUCCAGCUGCCCAGCCUUUGGGACCCCAGCAUGCCACCCAUCACCAAGAUCACCGUGCUGGAGGAGGAAGAGAAGAAGCCAGGGCCAUGGGAGUCCAAUGACGGCUCAGGAACCUGCAGCCUUCCCACCCUGGUCCAGGCCUAUGUGCUCCAGGGGGACCCAAGAGCACCUUCUAUCCAGCCCCAGUCCCAGUCUGGCAACAGUGACCAGGUCCUUUAUGGGCAGGUGAUAGGCAGCCCCACCGGCUCAGAGCCAGGGCACUACAUCCGCUGUGACUCCACUCAGCCCCUCUUGGGGGGCCUCACCCCCAGCCCCAAGUCCUAUGAGAACCUCUGGUUCCAGCCCAGCCCAGUAAGGACCUCAGAGCCUCUAGUCCCAAACCAGGAGGAUGACUGUGUCUUUGGGCCACUGCUUGACUUCCCCCUCCUGCAGGGGCUCCAGGUCCAUGGGGUGGAAGGGCUGGGAGGUUUCUAGGGCUUCCUGGAAUGCCCCAGUUGGGUCUGCCUCUUGAAAGGCCUGGGCCAUCAGAAAAGAGGCAAGGGUAAGUAAGCCCAUCACUAAAAAACUACCCUCCCCCAGGAAAGGCAGAAAGGCU